AUGGCUCAGUCCGGAACUGCAACGGACCUCUACGCCUCGCCCAACACGGGCUUGGUGCAUCAACUUCGGCAGAACCCGUAUGUCCUGGGCCUCGCUUCGUUCGCGUCCUUGGGGGGCUUCCUCUUCGGCUAUGACCAGGGCGUCGUCUCGGGCGUCCUGACCAUGGAGUCGUUCGCCGCCAAAUUCCCGCGCAUCUACCUCGACAGCAGCUUCAAGGGCUGGUUCGUGUCGACGCUUCUACUGUUCGCCUGGUUCGGAUCACUGGUCAACGGGCCUGUCGCGGACCGGGUCGGCCGUAAAGGAUCCAUCCUGGUUGCUGUGGUUAUCUUCACGCUGGGCUCUGCCCUGCAGGCCGCUGCAGGGUCGAUUCCUAUGCUCUUUGCAGGACGUGCGAUCGCCGGGUUUUCUGUCGGCAUGCUCACCAUGAUUGUACCGAUGUAUAUGUCUGAGGUGUCGACGCCGGCCAUUCGUGGCACCUUGGUUGUGCUGCAGCAAUUGAGCAUCACUUUGGGUAUACUUGUCAGCUACUGGCUCGAGUACGGUACUCAAUAUAUUGGCGGCACACGAUGCACGCCAGACAUCCCAUACACUGGAGGCUCGGCAUCUGCGCCGGAGUUCGACCCCAUCGCCGACGUCGGAACAGACGGCUGCACCGGUCAAAGCGACGCCUCGUGGAGACUGCCGCUCGCCAUGCAGAUAUUGCCUGCCGUUAUCCUUGGUUUCGGCAUGCUCUUCUAUCCAGAAUCGCCGAGGUACUUCCUCAUGCGGCAAAAGGAAGACAAAGCACUCGAGGCUCUCGCAUGUAUUCGGCGAGUUGAUGUCGAGUCUGAGGCCCUGUGCCGUGAGUACCUUGCCAUCAAGGCUGAAGUCCUCUUCGAGGAGACGUACGGCCGCGACCGAUACCCGGGCAAGACAGGUGUAUCUUUGUACCUGGCAGAGUACUCGUCCUUGGUGUCGAACAAGGCGUCGCUCAAGCGUUUAACCAUUGGAUGUGUGGUGAUGUUCUUCCAGCAGUUCAUGGGUUGCAACGCCAUCAUCUACUAUGCUCCAACCAUCUUCGGCCAACUCGGUCUCUCUGGAAAGACUUCGUCUCUGCUGGCCACUGGCGUCUACGGCAUCGUGAACACUCUUUCCACGCUACCAGCCCUGUUCCUUAUUGACAAGGUCGGGCGCCGCCCACUCCUCAUGUGUGGAGCUCUUGGAACAUUCAUCUCCCUGGUCAUCGUCGGCGGAAUCAUCGGUGGCUUCGGCUCCACGUUGGUCUCCCACAAAGCAGCUGGCUGGGUCGGAAUCGCCUUCAUCUACGUCUACGACAUCAACUUCUCAUACUCGUUCGCCCCGAUCGGCUGGGUUCUGCCAUCCGAGAUCUUCAACCUCGGAAACCGAUCCAAGGCCAUGUCGAUUACCACGAGCGCCACGUGGAUGUGCAACUUCAUUAUUGGUCUGGUUACGCCAGACAUGCUGGAUAUGAUCGGAUACGGGACGUACAUUUUCUUCGCAGUCUUCUGUCUGCUGGCGUUCGGAUUUACCUACUUCUGCAUCCCGGAGACGCGAGGCAAGAGUCUGGAGGAUAUGGAUGCAGUGUUUGGAGAUAAUGCCGCGCAUGACGAGAAGGCGAGGCUGUUUAAUAUUGCAGCGGAUCUCGGUAUUGUCGACCUAGAUCGGUACCAAUCUGCGAAGGGUGGAGACGAGAAGCCGGUUGUUGAGCAAGUCUAA